GCACAUGACCACACGAUGGAAGCUGUUAUCAACUUGUCUGUUUGUAUUCUAGCUUUCAUAUCAGUUUUAUCUGAUGUGAUAAAUGCAGAAUCGUGUACUCAAAUCAACAGCUGUUCAUGUCGAACAGAGUCUUCUAAUUUUGUGUUUAAUUUAAAGCCAUUGUCUCAACCAAACAAUCCGAGUUUGGUAGCCACAGAUUCAAAAGGGGGUUAUAAAUAUAUAUAUAACCCAUGCGAUCCAAUGACUGUAUGUAAAACUGGAGGUGGAGAAAAAGAUAUAGCAGUAUGCCAACAAAGCAUAGGAACAACUACUACAUACUACUGUGCAGGAAAAGAGUCUGGUUCUAUAUUCCAAGGUGACCUUCAAGCUGGAAGUUUGAGCAUGAAAUUUCAAUGUACUGCUGAUGAUGCUCAAAAAACUAUAAGGACUACAACAAUACAAGUUGUAUGUGGGGAUGGAAAUACAUUGGAAUUUGUCAAAGAUAGUAGCCCAAAGCCACCAAAGCCACAACCAGAAGGGAUAUAUGUUCUUAAACUAACUACACAGCAUGCCUGUGUCAAGGGAGGAAGUGGAGGAUUAUCAACUGGUUCUGUUAUACUACUGAUAUUUUUUAUACUAUUGAUAAUUUAUCUAGUAGGAGGUAUACUAUUUAUGAAAUUUAUGAGAGGUGCCAGUGGAAUAGAAAUGGUACCUAACUUAGAACUUUGGAAGGGAUUACCUUCAUUGAUAAAGGAUGGAUUUGUGUUUGUAAGCAAAGGAUGUAAGGCAAAUACAACAUACUCACAAAUCUGAUGGUGGAUAGCAGCUGUACUAUGGUUCAGUUUAUCAUAAGAUCUGAUGGUGGAUAGCAGCUGUACUAAGGUUCAAUUAAUCAAAAGAUCUGGUGGUGGAUGAAUGGAUACCAUUAACAUGUAGAUCUGAUACAUAUCAGCUGACAUUUAGAUCUCUGACAGUUAGUCAAAGACUUCUUAUCUGUUUGGUCUGUUUAUUUAAAAAUGAUUUCUUUAGAUUUUACUCAAGCUUUCCUUUAGAUUUAAUUUGAAUUAUUCAUUUAGAUUUAACUUUGUUGCAGUCACCUUACUUUCUUAAAAAUCUUCCUUCAGAAUAAUUUUAACUGAAGUGAGGAAGAUAAUUUUGAAUUAAUUCGAAAUGUGAAGAAAAAAAUGUUCUCUCUAUUUUGUUAUACUCAGGGUUUUUUUUUAUUGCUGAUAAAUACAAAUGAAUUUAUAAUGUGAGUUUUGGGGAAAAAAAUAGAUAGCUUGAUAUGUCUAAAUAUAAAUGAUACAUUCCAGUGUUUAUAAAGGUUCUUGUAUAAAUGUGUUUGGAAAUGAAUUUGAAGUGAAUGAGAGUAGGUCAUAUUGUAGAGGUGUAUAUAUGUCUAUUAAGUGAAUACUACUUUAUUGGAUAAUUAGAUAUAUGAGAUAUAAGACUAGAUCGUUUAGCUGUAAUUAUUGUUCAGAGAUGUGGUAAAUUAUUACAAAUUUUCAUAUGAUUAGUUGAGUAAUCAGAUAGAGAAAAAUAUAUAAUUAUAGGAGUUAUAUUUUAGAUGCCCUUUAAAGCCAGCGUGAGCUGGAACAGUAUACAAUUGUAGGACUUGUGUUAUAUUUUAGAUGCCCUUUAAAGCCAGCGUGAGCUGUUGCCAUCAUGUUGUGUUUACAUAUUUUAGAUGCCCUUUAAAGCCAGUAUGAGCUGUUGUCAUCAUAUUGUGUUUACUAAUACUAUUAUUUUUCAUCUAUUAACUUUCAGUAACAUUUUCGUCUACUCUUCUUAUUAACUCUUUGGACAAAUUGUUCCAACAUGGCAACAAUAAUACAUUGAAGUCCAUACAUAAAAGUUACUUAUUUUGUUCUGAUCAUGGCUUCCUGGUAAAGUUUUUGAUGUAAUAAAUCAAUUAUUUUACAUCUACUCCACUGAAACAACACUGCCAUAUUGUAAUAUUUACUUGAAAAAAACUCUUUAAUUUCCUUCAUAAUUAUGUGUCAUAGAUGGCAAUAAUUAUGUGUCAUAGAUGGCAGUAAUUAUUUCAUACAGAUUCAGAAUGAAUCUCGUAUUCAUCCUCUUCUCUGAAAUUACUUGACUUAUGUUGGAACCAAAUUUGAUAGGAAUAUUGGAAGGAAGUUCCUUCAUUACAUUUCAGAGUUCUGAUUUUGUGAAAAAUAUUAUCAUUAGAGGCAAUUAGCAAAUUUUCAAGUUGCCUCUUCUCUGAAGCUACAAGGUCAAAUCUAGGAAUUAAGAAAAACCUUAAGCAAAGACUUAAAAUAAAUAUAAUCCAUGUAUGCAUGAUAUUUAUUGAUUGCAUGUGUGAAUAGUAUGAUAUAUGUAUAUUUUGUUUUACUACAGAAGUCUGUAUAUUUUAAGUUAUAGUUUAUGUGCCUGUGUCAUUGUUGAAGGAAAGACUUAAAAGGUAUUACUUUUCAGGCCAUAGCAAUAAUGCUUAGAUUGCAAAUAUGUUGAAGUCUUAUUUUGGCUUUCAGUUCUAUUACCCAUUUUUAGCUCAUAUGGUUCAUAAGGAUAAUGUGAACCAUUGUCAUAUCUUUGCAUUUGUCCAAUGUUGUUCCUCUUUGAAAAUAAAAAAAAAUCUUCUCCACUGAAACAACUAGGCCAAUUGACUAACAUCUCCCCUUAAUAAUAUGUUUUCUUGCAUAUUCAGAAGAUUUCUGACAGAAGUGUGAAAGAUUUUUUAAGACAAAACCCUUUUUAGCUCUACUGGCCCAUUAAUUUGCAUCUGUCGUGGUAGUCCACAGCCUAUUUUCAAAGAUCUCCUCUGACACAACUGAACCCAUUUCAACUAACUUUGUGAAGAAUGAUACUUUAUAUAUUAAGGUCAACAACCAUCACAUAUGGUAUAAGUAAAACACACUUAACAGUGGAUUGAUUAAUGCUAUUUCAAUCAGCCUUCCAAAAUUCUUUAGUACGGGAAAACUAGAUUUAUUCCAAUUCUACUCCCGGUGACUCAUGUUUAGCAGAAUACACUUACACUGCUGUUGAGCAGAUAAACCUUCUUUUUUGUCUUCAUUCGCAUUUCAAAAUCAAACAUGUAUUGUUGUGACAAAAUAAUUGAAAUAAAAUGAUUUCUAAAUAAAUUGUAUUGCACAAUUUUAUUUUAUCUUGUAAAUAACGUGAUUCAUUUCUAAAUGCAUAUUGGUAUGACAUAAAGUGAUGUUAAAAUUAUUAGAAUUAUACUAAAAACAAGAAUGUGUCCAUAGUACACGGAUGCCCCACUCGCACUAUCAUUUUCUAUGUUCAGUGGACUGUGAAAUUGGUGUAAAAACUCUAAUUUGGCAUUAAAUUAGAAAGAUCAUAUCAUAGGGAACAUGUGUACUAAGUUUCAAGUUGAUUGGACUUCAACUUCAUCAAAAACUACCUUGACCAAAAAGUUGAACCUGAAGCGGGACAGACGGACGAACGGACAACGGACGGACGAACGAAUGGACGCACAGACCGAAACUAUAAUGCCCAUCUACUAUAUAUCGUAGGUGGGGCAUACAAAUUAACAUAUUUUCAUCCCGCAUCCCUCUGUUUAGGGUGAAUGCUUCCAGUUUCUCUAAUAGUUCUCCAAGAUCCACAGUCUUUGAUCUAGGGAAAUUUCUACCAUGAGCUUUGAAAUUAAUCUAAAAUAUAAUGCAUGUAAUAAAAAUUUAUGUACCAUAUAAUAGUUAAAACUUUGCAUAACAGCUUUUGCAGGUGUAUAUGAAUAAUGGCUGUGACUAUUAUUUUUUUUUUAUUGUCAGUUUUCCUAUCGAAGGUCGGUGGUUUUCUCUGGGCACUAUGGCUUCCUCCACCAAUAAAAACUGGCCGCCACGAAAUAGCCCAAAAGUGGUGCUUAAAAGUGGCGUUAAAACACCAAAAAUCAAAUCAAUCUGUCUUGUUUUCUAUCUUCUUUAUCAUGGUUAUACGUCAAUCUUUUUCAAAAGUAGUGUUUUGUCAUUUGACAAUGCAUGAAAAUAGGAUAUAUUAUAAUAAAGAUUAUGAAUUACUUAAUAUUGUUAAACGUUAUCUAGGAUAUCUUUGUUAACAUAUAUCUUUGAUAGCUUUUUACAUCAGACUGAAGAACGUCCUUUGAUUACAUUUUGCCGUAUUCUCAUGUUUAAAUACUUUUUGUUUCACUUGGAGACAUUUAAAGAUGUCAAAUAUGCAAUACCAUUUUAUUUUAUUUUUACACAUAUAUAAUGUGUAUAUCUGAGCUGCAUGUGCAUUUGUCAUUGUAUUUUGAUAACUAUUUCUAUAUCAACAUGCAUUAGAGUAUACAUUGUACUUUCAUGUGAUAAGUCAAAUAAUGAUUGUUUAUAUGAAUGAUUUCGUGUUUAUUUUUUUGUUUAAUUUAUAUAUCAAUCUGUGUUUUAAUAUCAAGGAGCACAAAAAAUCAAUCAAAAAGAGAAUUCUGUUUCAUUAAUUCUCCUUUAAACAUUAGUUAUACACGGCUAUAAUUACACAAAUAUAAUAGCUUAAUUGAUUUAUAAACAUACCUCACCUUCUUUAUGUUCUUUUCUGUGUGUAUAAAGUUCUGUGUGUUGAUAAGACGAUUUUGAAUUUUAUGACCUAGUUCCUCUCACAGGCGCUCCCACUGAUAUCAAAUUCAACGUAAUACAAAACAGAGUGCGGUUGAGUGAUAUAAUUGUCAAUUAUAGCAUGUGUUAAGUGUAUGAAUAAAAGGAGAGUUGUUUAUAUAAAGAUAGAAUAUGUGCAACACAUAAUAAUGUGCAUCAGAUUUAAAUAAAUAUCAGAGAUAAUUUAUGAUAUAUUAAUGAAUUUCGGAUAAACAUGCACUGACCACAAUUGUUUUAGACGCAAGAGACGCAAAACAUUGUUUCAUAACACACCAAUAUUAAAUCUAUCAAUAAAAACUAUGUUCAAUUAUAAUAAUCAAAAUUUGUCACAAACGACCAGAUGGUGUGUAAAUUUUACAACAGAAUUACGAUACACAAUAUUAGAAAACGUAUUACUAAGGUCAGUUUUAAAAGUAUUACUUGCAUACGUUAAAAUGAUGUUUUAAUUACGAAAUAAUUUACGUAAAAAGAAUACCAUCAGAACAACGUCAUUAUAACGUAUUUGUAAAAUUCAAUUACGUAAAUGUAACUUUUAUUAUACGUUUGAAAUACGUAAAGUUCGACAUUAUAUAAACGUCAUUACAACGUAUUCUCAAAAGCCCAUUACGUAAAUAUUACGUAAAAAUAUGUUAUGUUUUACGUUACCAAACCUCAACGACGUCAAACUAAGGUAAAGUCAGCAGUUACUUAUACAUAUGACCAAAUUAUUAUGUCAUGCUUACAUUAUGUGUUUCCUGGGCAUGUUGUAAUGUGGUGCUAUGUAUACAAUUUGUUUGCUAAAUCUUCUAUAUUUUUUUGUUUGUUUUGGUGUUGAUAAUUUAUUUUUAUAUAUGUAUGUUGACAAAUUAACUACUGUACAUAAACUGAACUCUGAACUAAAAGUUAUCUUUAUUUUAUUUAUAAAAAGGAAAUGAAUAA